AUGCCAGCUAUACUUCCUUUUCACUCCAACCCCCUCGAUCAGCAGGCUUCACCACGGUCGGAUGGCGAUUCCACGACACCCACGGACGAAUUUGAUGAAUUUCACUCCGAGUGCUCGUCGAUUCCAGACACUAUCUCCAGGAGACGUCGACAUGGCGAGUACUUCCACAGACCCCCGGUGUGGUACCCACGCUCGUGCUCGCUGGCCACGUCUCCUACAUCGCCAUCGGUCCAGCACGCAGGUGACUCUGUGUACCACCAGCAACCUUGUGUGGUUUGUCCGAGUUGCAAUGCUGGCUUGAAUCUGCAUUCCUUCCGCCAUGGACCGCAUGUAUUUUAUACUGUGGAUUAUGGGUGUGAAUCGGAUUCGAAGCCAUGGAUGUUCUGCGACACAGCGUCGGCCAUGACAGAUAAUGAAGCAGAAACUAUGACAAUGACAUCUGCAAGAGAUCCUGGCGCUACCGGUGCCGCAGGAGAACCAGAAUGCCCCCAACCCCCCAAAGACAUCGGGCAAGGUGAUGCUUCGCUGGAGAAGCCUUUCUCUCAGAGCAGAGCAACUCUCUGCACACGUCUCCGCUUGUGCCGAGACAUUCGUCUGGACAGAAACGAAGCGUGGGCCAUGCAGGAAGGCUCGCUGGUCAUGUCGAUUGAUCCCUCGUAUCUUCACCUAAAACCACAACAUCGCCUACCAGACGAAUUCGAUCUCAAGAGUGGUGAUUUAUACGUGGUUUGUCGCAUAUAUGCUGAUCUUUGGGCUCUGUGUGCUAGGGUUUCCCUCAGAGCCCUCACUUCCGAUGACAUGACGAUGGGAUUCUUACCGCUGUGUUCUGUCACUCUUGCGGCAAACUUCAGUGCGUUCAUAGAUCGAUGUGACCGACAUACCAAGGAUUUUCAUACAGGAUCUCAAUACCCUGGUAAUGGCCAGUGUGUGAUGCCUCCGCCGCGGUCCCACAGCAUGCAUGCAAGUAUGAGUCUGUCAUGGGGUCAUGGGAAUCUGGGCAGAAUCAAGCUGAGGCUGCCGACUAUGGUCUGUGAUGCGUACAACAACUUCUCGUUGUUGGAAAACCCAGGCGAAGAAUUUGUGCCGCUGGAUUCUACGAUAGAACAGCUGUUUUCUGGGUCUCGGAGGAAAGACAACGAUGUUUCUUAUCUUCGGAGGGGCCGGUCACUGAAAAGAUUGUGGGAGAGGGUCAAACUCCCAGAUCCAUCCUUAGCAGAUGGUUUGGCAUUCCCGGUCAAGAGCCGGCUGUCAGAGAGUUCUGUCUUUUCACUGCGCCUGCAACAAGACCCAUCACGACAGGAGCGACCCCAAUCUCGGCGCCAGCAAAGACAGCAAGGCAGCUCAUCUUCUGUUGGUCAGAGCUUACGGAGGCUGUUUGGCAUGUACGACGACCAAGAGAACCGCCGAGAUUCUCUGAACACGCCGGGUGGGAGUGAGGAUCAGAGCAGGGUUACGGGUUGA